UUUUUUUUAAUCUAAACGAAUAUCAGAGUUAGCGGACCGACGUCUUUAGAGUAUCAGCUGCUAGUAGCUUUGUAGUUCGAGCGGCGCGUUGACCGUCAGACCGUGGUGCGGAUCGACCGAACCAAGCUAACGGGUCUGUGGAGCUGCGCAGGUCUCAGCAGCUCCCGGUGGUCCUGACGGCGGUAUGAGUCACGGCUAUGGCGGCGGCGGUGGUAGAGGCAGAAAAGGAGGUCGAGACUUCAGAGACAGCAGCAGAGACCGACAGGACCGAGGGAGAGGAAGUUCCAGGGAACACACUUCUGACUUUGACCAAGACCGAGGAGGCGGAUCUCGGCAUCCGCCACAUCUGAAGGGCCGUGAGAUCGGCCUGUGGUACGCGCGGUAUGGAGCCAUGAGGAAGAAGCUGGCUGACCGCAAAUCGCGGGCAGUAGUCCAAAUGGAUGAAGCCAGAGAGCAGCACAUAACCAAGCUUCUUAACUCGGUCCAGAAUGACCAGCCUGGACCAGCAAGAAACUCCAGGGAGGGUAGGGCCUCCACCUCUGACAAACGAUUUCCAGCUGCCAGUCAAACUGACCACUGUUACUUUGAUGGAGAUUUGCCUGAUGAGGAUAAACAGAAGAUUGAAAUCAAAUCUGAGGAGGAGGAGGAAGAAGAAAUUUAUGAGGCACAGAAGAAAGCAACUCCCACAUCACAACGUUACUUCUCUCAGGUGGUUGCUAAAGAUGAACCUCCAGACAGCUGGGAUGAGGAAGGACAGCAAGAGGAAGAAAAGGAGAAACUAUACAGAAAAGACAAGGAUCUGGAGUAUUUAUUUCAGGAGGCCACAAGAGACCGUGCUCUGGAUGAGUACUUGAAAAGAGACCUGUUGAGCAAAAAAUCAGAUCCAAAGUACCAGGACAUGCUGACAUUCAGGGAAAAAUUACCUUCCUUCAACAAGAGGGAGGAGCUGUUAGAGCUGAUCUUCUGUAACCGGGUUCUGGUGGUCAGUGGAGAGACUGGAUGUGGAAAGACUACGCAGGUCCCCCAGUUCAUCCUGGAUGACUACAUCAACCGAGGGAUGGGCUCCAUGUGCCGGGUGGUCUGCACACAACCCCGUCGUAUCAGUGCCAUCUCUGUAGCAGAGCGUGUCGCAGCAGAGAGGGCAGAAAGUGUUGGGAAUGGAAAUUCUUGUGGCUACCAGAUCCGCCUGCAGUGUCGGUUACCACGGAGACAAGGCUCUGUACUGUACUGUACAACGGGCAUUAUUCUUCAGUGGCUUCGCUCAGAUCCGUUGUUAUCCAGUAUCAGCCACCUAGUUCUGGAUGAGAUCCAUGAGAGGAACCUACAAUCAGAUGUUUUGCUCACCAUUGUGAAGGACCUUCUGUACCGCCGAGAUGACCUCAAGGUCAUCCUGAUGAGCGCCACACUCAAUGCAGAGAAAUUCUCUAAGUAUUUUGACAAAUGUCCGAUGAUCCACAUCCCUGGCUUAACUUUUCCAGUUGAGGAGUUCCUGCUUGAGGAUGUUGUGGAAAUGACAAGGUAUCGUCCUCAGAACCAGGACCGUCGCUCCUCAUCUAAAAGAGGCUUUUGGCAGGGGCGCCACUGCAGUGUUGAGAAGAAGGAGAAAGAGGAUGAAUACAAGGAGAGUUGGCCUUCUUAUGCACACACACUACAACGCAGAUACUCUACCAACACCAUUGAGGUGCUGGAAAUGUUAGACAAUGAUGAGAAGAUUGACCUGGAGCUGAUAAUUGCACUUAUUCGCCAUAUUGUGCUCAAUGAAGGAGAUGGCGCGAUCUUGGUGUUUCUGCCCGGCUGGGACAACAUCAGCAGUCUGAAUGACCUGCUUAUGGCUCAGCAGAUGUUUCGAUCAGACCGCUUCAUUAUCAUCCCUUUGCACUCCCUCAUGCCAACUGUUAAUCAGACCCAGGUAUUCAAAAGGCCUCCUGCAGGAGUUAGAAAGAUUGUGAUAGCUACAAAUAUAGCUGAGACCAGCAUCACCAUAGACGAUGUCGUUUAUGUGAUUGAUGGAGGGAAGAUUAAAGAGACUAACUUUGACACCGUCAACAACAUCAGCACAAUGAAAGCAGAGUGGGUGAGCCUGGCCAAUGCCAAACAGAGGAAAGGACGUGCCGGCAGAGUGUGUCCGGGGAAGUGUUAUCAUCUGUACAAUGGUCUAAGAGCCAGCCUGCUGGAUGCCUAUCAAUUACCAGAGAUCAUGAGAACGCCACUCGAGGAGCUCUGCUUGCAGAUCAAGAUCCUGAAGCUCGGCCCUAUAGCUGAAUUCCUACAAAAAACCCUUGAUCCUCCCACUGAAAGGGCUGUGAAUCUGGCCAUCAAGAACCUCAAAGAUCUGAAUGCCCUCGACCAUGCAGAGAAUCUGACUGCGCUGGGUUUCCACCUUGCCCGUCUGCCCGUGGAGCCUCACAUUGGAAAGCUCAUCCUGUUCGGAGCUUUGCUGGGGUGCAUUGACCCUGUACUCACCAUCGCUGCUUCCCUCAGCUUCAAAGACCCUUUCUUCAUCCCCUUGGGUAAAGAGAAGGUGGCAGACAUGAGGAGAAAGACACUGUCGAGAAACUCUAAAAGUGACCACCUCACGGUUGUCAAUGCAUUCCAGGGCUGGGAGGAUGCUAAACAGCGUGGUCCGAGGUAUGAGCGGGAAUACUGCUGGGACAAUUUCCUCUCUGCCAAUACACUUCAGAUGCUGCACAAUAUGAAGGGCCAGUUUGCUGAGCAUCUAAUGCAUGCAGGCUUUGUCAGUAGCAAGGACCCCAAAGACUCAAACUCUAAUGUCAACUCAGAAAAUGAGAAAUUGAUCAAGGCUGUGAUUGUAGCUGGUCUGUAUCCGAAGGUGGCAAUGAUAAGACCAGCUCUAAAUAAGAAGAAACCAAGCGUUAAGGUGUACACUCAUGCCGAUGGGAGAGUGUGUAUCCACCCAAAAUCAGUCAAUGCCGAAGAGACUGUGUUCAACUACACAUGGCUCAUCUACCACCUGAAAAUGAGAACAAGCUGUAUCUUCCUGUACGACUGCACCGAGGUGUCUCCAUUCUCACUGCUGUUUUUUGGGGGCGACAUCACCAUCCAGAAAGACGCAGACCAGGAGACUAUUGCGGUUGAUCAGUGGAUCGUCUUCAGGUCUCCGGCUCGCACCGCUCACCUCGUCAAGGGUCUAAAGAGAGAACUGGAUUCUCUGCUGGAGGAGAAGAUACGGAACCCUGCUCCUGUGGACUGGCAAAACCGUCAGUCCAAGGACUGUGCUGUUAUUACAGCCAUCAUAGACCUCAUCACCACCCAGGAGACGCCUGCAGGUGGUAAUGUCGCUGAAGACCGUAAUGCAACCUGUGCUAAUGCACUGAGAGGACAGCACAUUUUCUUUGACAACAAUGAUGAGAAUUAGAGGUGGCCACCUUUAAGUUUACCUCUGGACAGCUGUACUGUGUUGUCCUUGUGCUAUGGAACAACUUUGGACAGUGUGGAUGUUAACUGGGUUAUUUAUGAAAAUGUUGCUGUUGAAGAGCACCUUCAAAAAAGUUUAGCCAUGUUAAAUGAUACGUUCCUUUUUUUUUUCUUGCACAGACCAAUGUUCUCGCUCAGCAGCUGUUUUGUUAUUUGGUUAGUUCGUACAUCCUAGUUUGUAUAAACAUUGCUUUUGUUUGUAACUUCAUGGCACAAUAAAGACCAACAGAA